CUGGGAGUGACGCGGCAAUGAAAUCCAGUUGAUCCUUCUCUUGCUCUGCAAGACUGCAACGAAAAGUAUUUGUGCCGCCGCCACAAAGUAGCUCGCGCUGGAGAACCAUACCGAUUUUGUUCUGUGUUGCGCGUGAAUGUGGGAAAGAUAUGAGCCGCUUUAUUUGAUCCUAUUUUGAACAUAUGUUGCUCUCGUAAGUUGGGAUAACUUUUCACGUUAAUAGAGGAGGGAAAGCGGUAGGAGAGCUGAACAUGGACUGGGGCACUGAGCUUUGGGACCAAUAUGACAUCCUUGAUAAGCACACACAAUCUGGCUUGGACUUGGUGGAUAAAUACGUGAAGUUUGUGAAGGAGCGAACAGAGAUUGAACAGAAUUAUGCCAAGCAACUACGGAAUUUAACCAAGAAAUACAGCCCUAAACGAGGCAGCAAAGAAGAGCAGGAAUGCAGGUUCUCCAAUCACCAGGCCUUUCUGGACAUCCUGAAUGAGAUGAAUGACUAUGCGGGCCAGAGGGAGCUGAUCGCUGAGAACAUGAUGAUCAAUAUCUGCAUCGAACUCACAAAGUACCUCCAGGAUCUCAAACAGGAGCGCAAGAUGCAUCUGUCAGAUGCCAAGAAAGCACAACAGUCUCUGGAGGGCACCUACAAGCAGCUCGACAAUAGUAAAAAACGAUUUGAAAGGGAGUGGAGAGAAGCAGAAAAGGCUACUCAAAAUGCAGAGAAAACAGAUCAAGACCUCAACGCUACCAAAGCCGACGUGGAGAAGGCCAAACAGCAGGCACAUAUGCGAACACACAUAGCAGAAGAGUGUAAAAACGACUAUGCUGCGCAACUUCAGAAGUACAACAAAGAGCAGAAUCAGUUCUACUUCACGGACAUGCCCCUUAUUUUCAAUAAUCUGCAGGACAUGGAUGAACGGCGAAUCAAAAAGAUGGCACAGGGCUACAUCCAGUUUGCAGACACGGAGCGUCAAGUCAUGCCCAUCAUUGGGAAGUGUCUGGAGGGCAUUUCCAGAGCUGGCACGAAUGUCAACGAGAGGAACGACUCUGUGGUUCUUAUAGAGCAACAUAAGUCUGGCUUCGAGAGACCAGGCGAUCUGGAGUUUGAGGACUACAGUCAGGGCAUCAACCGGGCCUCCUCGGAGAGCAGCCUUAGCACUCCUAAAGGUCCCCUAGAGCUGUUGGGCAAGAACAGGAAUAAAACCUUCCGGUUGUUUAAUAAGAAGAGCAAGCUUCCCUCGUCCUCGCUCAGUCCUUUCUCCACACCCCCCACCCCCUCGCCCGCUAACGGACCCCCUUCCCCAAAGUUUGGCCGGGACCCCCUGUCGUACUGUUUGAAGGAAAUCAAUAAGACAGUCAAACCCCGAAUCUCGUCCUUCCGGACCCUCAAGAAAACGUUUGCUCCAGAGAAGCUUAAAAUGCCCGUGGACACGGAGGGUUUCACCCAUCUUCCUCCUGAGCAGCGCCGGAAACGCUUGCAGCAGAAGAUCGAUGACAUCAGCAAGGAGCUGCAGAAGGAAAUGGAUCAGAGUGAGGCUCUGGGUAAGAUGAAAGACGUAUAUGAAAAAAACCCUCAGAUGGGAGAUCCCGCCAGUUUGGCGCCUCAGAUCACUCAGACGGCACAAAACAUGGAAAGACUGCGAGGAGAUCUCAACAAAUAUGAGUCCUGGCUUGCAGAAGCAGGGGGCCGGGGUGACUCGAUACGAUACUCCACGCACUCUCUGAACAAUAAUGGUGCUCACAACCCCAGCAGUCCUGGAGUUUUCUCAGAUGACACGGACCCCUCCCAUGCCAUCUACACCGAGUUUGACGACGACUUUGAGGAAGAGGAACUCGCCGCACCUAUUGGUCAAUGCACAGCGCUCUAUAAUUUCCCAGGCUCCAGCGAAGGCACCAUAUCCAUGCAGGAAGGAGAGGUGCUGUCUGUAGUGGAGGAGGAUAAGGGCGAUGGGUGGACGCGGGUGCGCCGGAACAACGGGGACGAGGGCUACAUCCCAACAACUUAUGCUACCAUCACGCUUAACAAAUGACCACGUUCCCCUUCAACCCGCUGCAGCAGAGAUGCACUAUAACAAACACUAUGAGUAGCUUCAGAUUAACACUCAUUAUGUCCCAACACGGCUUGCUGCUCACCGCACAAUGGGCUAAUACACUCCUCCUCUAAGGAUGAAUGAGUAUCUCAGGGUGUGUACUAUGUGAGUGAAUGAGGUAGAGGAGCUUGGAAUCAUCUUUUCUCCUUGUUUUGCAUGGAAAACAAUGCAGGAGGGGUGCUAUUGCUCAGCAGACACAUCAGUUCCUGUGGCGACUCUUGUCUGAUGAUGACUGACUAAAAGCAGAGCUGAGAUAUGUUGUCUGGCCAUGAUCCACUCAACUCGCCCUCCACGAAGAUCUUCCGUCUGCACCUGGAUGGUGUGAUUUGGCAACUGGAACGAAAAGCAUAACUAUCUCUGCAGGCAGAAGUCCAGCUCAAAUGCAACGUUUUUAACUUGAAGUAUUUGCUUUAAACAUCUGAGUGGCCAAAAAUGAUAUUUUACAGCAGUGAGUGUUGCAAAUGCUUCAGCAAGUGUGCAGUGACAUUAAUGCCACAUGUAUAAGUCGAUAAGACCUAACAUUUGUGUGUGUGUAGAAAACACUGAGCGCCCAAGUAAUAUUAAGUAGCUCCUUUAUUGUUUCUCCAUAAGACUGUUGCACAAACAGUUGAUUAUGACAAUCAAAGUCUCAUAAUCUGCCACCGUUCUCAAAUCUACAAAUAUGUAGUACAAUCAAUAGUUUGUUGCAAUAAAAUAAUAUAAUUUAUUGAGUAUAUAAAUAAGUGUUUGUAUCUUAAAUAAACAGUAAAUCACAUUUAUAUAAGAGCUAACUGCACACAUUUGCUAUUUCAGAUGCACAGUGUACUAGCAACUAAGAAAAAAUAUUCUAGGCAACAAAAGCAAAUGUAGGAUUUUCAUAUAUAUAUUUAUAUAUAUAUAUAUGAAAUAAUAUAUUUUAGGCAUCACAACACCACUGUUGUCUUAUUCGUUUUUUUUAUUCUUGAUGAAUAAAGAUUGUAUUGUUAAGAAUAUAGUUCUAAAUUCAAGGGUUAAAGUCUCUUUUCAAUAUUUGUUUUGUUUGUCUUUGAUUGAAUCCAAGGCAGAACUGUUAAGUGUUUGUUUAAGUCAAGGUGCCUUCAACUUUGUGUGUGUACCAUACUCAAAAUAUACUUAUUUUAUUGUCUUUAUAAAUGUCAAGCACAUUUACAAAUUGA